UACACGACAAUAGUUGAGAGACGAGGAUAAGAUGGCAGCGUCGAACACAAUACUGAAUCCAAGAUGGCGACUGGUGGCGGUGUGCGUGCUGUGCGCGGCGUUGCGCCCGCCCGCAGCCAGCGCUUCGCAGCAGGUCAUGAAACAGCUCACCGUAGGGUUCAUGAAGGCCAUGGAUGUUUGUAGAAAAGAGAUGAACCUUGGCGACCACAUAUUGCAAGACUUCAUGAACUUCUGGCGCGAAGAGUACGAGCUGGUGAACCGCGAGCUGGGAUGCGCAAUAACCUGCAUCGUCGUUAAGCUAAACCUGAUCACCGAGGACUUCAAGAUGCACCAUGACAACGCCAGAGAGUUUGCCAUCAAACACGGAGCUGAUGAGGAUAUAGCGAAGCAACUGGUGUCGAUUAUCCACGACUGCGAGCGCAGCAACGAGGCGGAAAGCGACGAAUGCCUGCGCGUGCUGGAGAUCAGCAAGUGCUUCCGCACCAAGAUACAUCAGCUCAACUGGGCGCCCUCCAUGGAGGUGCUGCUCGAGGAGAUCAUGACUGAAAUCUAGGAGAACACUCAACGAUCAUCAACUGAUCACGUAAAACUGGACCCUGGACUCUGAUUGAUUUAGAUGUUACAAUUCUCCCUCAAACCUCGUCAGCUAGUUCCUAGUCUAUAUUAAUUAUUGGUAUUUUGUUAGUUUCAUUAAGUUAUAAUGGGGGUGCAAAGUAGAGUGAAAUGGAUUUUUAAUAAAGGUGUGAUGGAAUUU